CACAUGACUAACGCCAAAGGCCGAGGCCCAGAAAUGUAUGAUGUAGCGUACGCUACUUUUACUCAUCGUCAAGCGAAAACCCUAAAAAUGCACGUUGGCGAACCAGGAAACGAACAUUGCUUCGUACUCGAUGGGCCAGUGGCAACCCGCCGUAAUUUGCCCGCCAACCGGAGGCAUUUCCUUUUAACUAUACGAUUCCGAGGAUGCCACUCGCCUCGUGAUUCUUUGAUCCAUUCCACGCCAGCUGCGAAUUCGAGUGAUGUCACUGGACGGCUCCGUUGAGAGGAGGGAAGACACACCGUCCGGGAACGGAUUAGCGGCGCCCGUAUUGGCGCCGGCGCCGCUUUCAUCAGUGAGGGCGCCGUACGGAGAUCGUCGGCUCAGGCUGAAUCCGAACAAGGCGCAUAAACCAGAUACGUACGAGGAUGUGCAGUCUGAGUUCGACCCCAACAUCUUCAGCUCGCUGGAGCGGCACCUCCCGCCAAGUAUGCUCGAAGCGCCGAGGGACGCGAAGCUGGAGUUCAUGAAGGAGAUUCUCGCCAGGUACUUGCCUGAGGGAGAUCGAGCCAGGGUUCAGAGGCAUAAGGAAUAUAGGCAGAGAAUAAUGGCGGCUUACCAGCCUUUGCAUAAGGAAUUAUACAACUUGCAUCCUUCAUCGUUUUUUGUUCCAUCAUUUAUUGGAGCAAUCAAAGAGAACACGGAAGAGGGCUUCAGAAAGAUAAUGUCUGAGCCAUCAUCUGGAGUAUAUUCAUUUGCAAUGCUUCAGCCAAGCUUCUGUGAGCUGCUGUUCUCUGUGCAGGUUCAGAAUUUUGAAAAGUGGGUAGCAGCUGUUAAAUUUAAGACUAUGAGACCUAAUACAAUGAAUAAGUAUGGUGCAGUUCUUGAUGAUUUUGGUUUUGAAGCUAUGCUUAACAAGUUAAUGGAAGAAUUUAUAUGCCCCAUGUCCAGAGUUUUCUUUCCAGAAGUUGGUGGAUUGACUCUAGACUCGCAUCACGGAUUUGUUGUUGAGUAUGGGAAAGACAAGGAUGUUAAGUUAGAUUUCCAUGUAGAUGAUUCAGAAGUUACUUUAAAUGUUUGCUUGGGCAAGCAAUUUUCUGGUGGAGAAUUAUUUUUUCGAGGUGUCAGAUGUGACCAGCAUGUCAACUCAGAAACCCAACCUGAGGAAAUAUUGGAGUAUUCUCAUGUCCCUGGUCAAGCUGUACUUCAUCGUGGUCGUCAUCGUCACGGAGCCCAUCCCACAGCUUCCGGUUACCGGAUCAAUUUGCUUUUGUGGUGCAGAAGCUCGGCCUUCAGAGAAAUGAAAAAGUAUCAGAAGGAUUUCUCCAGCUGGUGUGGUGAGUGCCAGAGGGAGAAAAGGAUAAGGCAGCGGCAGUCUCUUGAUGCAACCAAAUCGGCUUUCCUUAGAACAACUGGAUCUAUGUCCUAAAUACUUUCUUAUGCUGCUCUGAUAGGAAUCCUGGUUUACAUGUUGUAAUUUAUGUGAACUCUGCUCCCUCUCUCCCUCUCUCUUACUCUCUCUCUUUCUGUUCUCUGAUCUACCCUUCUGAAGAUACUUGCCAAGGUUUCUACUACUGCAUGUUCUUCCAACUGUAAAUAUGUUCCGUUAGAAUUUUUCUUUUGAACCUUGUCUUUAUUUCCUUUUUGCAGUAUUUUUCCAUUUUGUGAAAGACAAUAAGAAUGUUUCUGUCAAAAAGUUGGAAAUGUGGCUUAGAUUUGAGCAU